AUCACUCAGUUAUAAGGCAAACAUUAAGCUAGUAUCUCAUUUACGUUAUUUAAGACAUGAUUUUUACUAAAAAAAUUUGUGCAUAGCAAUAAGUUAUUUUUGUGUUUGUAAUUUACAAUUUUUUCACUUGUUUAUUUUUACUUAUUUGACAACUUAAAUAUGAGUGGCUCAUUAGAUGUAGGAAAUGCUACAACAUCGUUAUGGCUUGUCAAAGUACCUAAAUAUGUUGCUGAUAAAUGGGAUAAUGCGCCUAGCAGCUUAGAAGUUGGUAAAAUAAAAGUACAAAAACACCCAGGCAAAAGACCAGAUAUAUCACUUAAUCUAUCAGAAGCUGUAUUAUGUUUGGAGAAUGACAAAAACAGUGAACCUAUACCAAAAUCAUUUAAAUUAGACGUAUCUCACUUUAGUGGUCAAACUAUGGGUGUCCUAUCUGAGUAUAGUAUUCCUUACAACCCUGAUGCAAUAGUUCAAGAAACAGAUAAAAUUUGUGUUGAGGGUAAAAUAAGUCAAAAAUUAGAGUGUCGACCCAUUGGUGAUCAAGUUUAUAUGGAUUUAAAGAAAACGGCGAUAAAAAAAGCACACAUCCCCACAAGACAAGUACAAAAAUUAGAUAAAGUGGUUCAAAACUUUAAGCCUAUAUCUGAUCACAAACAUAAUAUUGAGUAUAAUGAGAAAAAGAAAUCUGAAGGCAAAAAAGCUCGUGAUGAUAAAGAUGCUGUCAUGGCAAUGUUAUUCAAAGCAUUUGAAAAGCAUCAGUACUAUAAUAUUAAAGAUUUAGUGACCCUAACUAAACAACCAGUAGUAUAUUUAAAAGAAAUUUUAAAAGAAGUUUGUAACUAUAAUCUUAAACAUCCCCACAAAAAUAUGUGGGAAUUAAAACCUGAAUAUAGACAUUAUAAAGAUCAAGAUGCUGAUAUAGAAACUAAUUAAUACUUUAUUUGCUGCUUCAAAUUAGAUAAAAAAUAAGAAGGGGUUAGGACUAACAUUGUUUUGUAAAAACCACUAAAAUUUUAAUAUUUAAUGAUGAAUAAAAUUUUAUAUUAUAAAAACAUAAAAAAUAUCAGAUAACAUUUUUUGUAAAAUUAUUAUUAUUUUUUCUACACUAAGUGUAAUAAAUAAAAUAAAAACAUUAUUCAUUAUUAUUUUUUUAAUUUAGUUUUGUUUAUUUUUAUUUAGAGUAAUCAGUUAAAUCAUAAGUGAAAUUCAUUGAUUUUACUUUGUGAAUACUUUUAUAGAAUAUAAUGUAAAUCAAAAAAGUAAAAAUAUUUAACAUUAUAUUUUACAUUAAAUAUUUUUAAAUUAAAUUCAAUUAUAAGUAUUAAAUAAUAUAUACUAUAAAGGAUAUUAUAAUUAGUAUUGGGAAGGAAUUCAUUCUAAAAAUAACGGAUUUCUGGAAUGAGUUCUUUUUGAAGGAACAAAGUUAAAAACUACUUUGAACCUUUAAAAAUUAUGGAACGAGAAAUGUGAAUAAAUCCAUAUUUACAGGGAAAAUAAAAAAAUCUACAGUGCCUUUAAAUUUUAGUUUUUCUAAAGUUUUUUUGUUUCUAGGUAAUAAAAAUUCUACUUUUAUGUUGACUAUUAAUAAUAUUUUUUGCAUUGAAAUCCGAUGACCCUAAUUAUAUAUUAUUGUUAUAUUUCCAUUAUGUUGUCAACACUAUAAUUUUCAUGUACUAUGAUAUUAAUAAACAUAUAUUUUUAAUAAAA